ACAAGCUAAGCCUUUGUGACCUCAAUCUAUUAAAGCCGUCCGCCGUGCAGCCAACUGCGGUAUUAAACGCAGUCUGAGAAAUAUUUUCUUUUGUUGCAUUGAAAUAGAAAAGUAAUCUUCUCCCGCGCUUAAUUCCAUUAUUAAAACAAUGGAACCGUUGAAUCAGAUAAACUGUUUUGAAAUAAAUAAGAAAAUUUGGAAAAUUAUUGGUCUAUGGCCUGCAGACGAUACAUGGAAAUAUCAUCAUAUUUUUUCAAAAAUCUUGAUUGCAGUUCUAAUUUUACUCUUUGAUGCAUUGCUCACAUUAAACUUGUGUUGCAUGACGAAACAGUUGGAUGUUAUCAUUGAAAAUACAUUAUUUUAUUUCACAGCUGUGGUUGUCGCCUCGAAAGUGAUUACAUUUUUAAAAGAACGUGAUGGAUUAAUUGAUAUAUUCAAUAGUUUAGAAAGUGAAAUGUUCCAACUUUGUAACGACAUGGAAGUAAAAAUUUUAAAAAAAGCAAACUCAUUUAAUAUAAUGUACUGGAAAAUAGUAGCAAUUGUAUCUUUUACAUCCCAUGUAGCACAUUUUGGAGUUCCAGUUAUGCUACAUUUUAUUUUCUCAGUGGAUCUAGAAUUACCAAUAUGUAGUUAUAGUUUUCUCUCUAAAGAUUUUAUAGAUACAUAUAGACAUCUACUAUAUUUAUACCAAUGUCUUGGAAUACAAUAUCUUGUAUUAGUAAAUCUUAACAUUGAUACUUUUAUUCUGGGUUUAAUUAUCUUUGUUAUAGCUCAAUUAGAUAUACUUGAUUUAAAAUUAAGAACUUUAACUGAUCAUAAAACAGAUGAGGAUAAUGUUGAUGAUGUUUCUGAAGCAGAUAUGUUAAAAAAGUUACAUCAAUGUGUCCAACAUUUUGAAGAAAUAUCAAAAUUUUGUGACCAAAUACAGCGUGUUUUCAGCUUUAUUAUAUUUGUGCAGUUUAGUAUGGCUUCUUGCAUUAUUUGUAUUUGUCUUUUCAGAUUUACAAUGCCCGCGUCUACGUCAUACUAUAUUUUUCUUGCUACAUAUAUGAGUGUUAUGAUCCUGCAAAUAUUAGUCCCUAGUUGGUUUGGAUCUAAAAUGAUGCAUAAGAGCCAAUUACUACCCUUCGCUGUAUAUAGUUGUGAUUGGAUACCAAGAUCUCGGCGGUUCAAAAGCAGUCUACGUUUGUUUGUUGAAAGAGCAAAUGUGCCACUCUGCAUAGUUGGCGGGAAAAUGUUUAUAUUGUCUCUGACUACUUUUACAUCUAUGGUUUUCAGAUAUAUUUUUAAGAUGCACGUGCUAAUUAAACUUCUUGAAAUGCAUCCUAAUAAUAUUCAGCUGAGGUUAGGUACAUAUUAUAUAGAUAAACUUGAGUAUGUAAUAAGAAACAAGGACUUCAUAAUUAAAAAGCUGAAAAUAAACAUGAAAAUUAUGCAUUUAUUAUUCAUGAUUAAUGAAGCUUUGAUGAAAUCAAAAUCCAGCUCAAUUAAGGAAAUACGCUUUCUGUACACAUAUAUCUUGAUAUGUCUGUUUUAAUUAGGUAGCUGCCAGUGCGAUAAUUAGAAAUUUGUUUAAAACUUAUAAUGCUUACUUAAUAUAAAUACUUAUUAAUAAAUCGAUUUUUCUUAUUCAUUAA